GCGGUUCGAGUGCGAAAUAUUCAAACGCACAUCGUAAGCUGGAUUUUUACGGUGGUCGCGUUUCGACCUAGCUGCCGCGAUGAGUCGGGUGGACGUAAUUCUCCCCCCAGAGAAACUUGUGAAAUGCGCUGUAGCGAACGGCUCAGCGAAAAUUGACAGUGCGGGCUCUGUUUGUCAACCUCAAACUCCUCGCAAAAUUUCUGUGCGCGAAAAAAAUAAAAAAGCGGGAAAUUCGAAUAAUGUUUCCAAACUUAAUUCAGACGAAGUUCGUCAAUCUGACAAUUCUUCUGAAGUUCGGAAACGAAAAAACAAAAAUCGAAGGAAAAGGAAGUGGAAACCCUACAGCAAACUUACUUGGGAUGAAAGAAGAGAAUUAGAAGAGAGGGAUUCCAAAAGGGCUUACAGAAUUCGGGAGGAGAUGACUUCUUAUGGAUUGACUCUUGCCCCUUAUAACACUACCCAGUUCUUGAUGGAGGACCAUGAUGUUCAAGAGCCCGACUAUGAACAUAUUUCGAAUGGCCACAGACAUAGAGAGAACAGCAACAGUCUUGAUUCAUCUGAUGACUACUAUAGUUCCCCUGAAGAUGAAGAAGAGUUUUUGCAACAGCAAUUUGUACAGACAUACGAGGACAUUCAUGCGGAACAUCUGAACAAUAUGUCAAAAAUCGAGUUGGUUCAAGAGUUGGUGAACAUGGAAGAUAAAGUUGAAACUUUGGAAAAAUCGCUUCAGGAAGCAAGAAUGAACAAACCAAAUCAUUGUGAACUCAGGCCAAAUGGUCUAAAUGUUGAGGCAGAACUUGAAAAAAUUCGAGUCUUCAGGGAAGAGAUUGAAAAGUUGUCUCAAGAAAAUGAUAUUUUGCGGAGGGAAAAUGACAAACUUUUAAGGCGCUUGCCUUUCAAAACGUGAACAACUUCUUUCGGCGUGCGCUUGUAUUCGUUCAUUGUUUAUCAUUUUCGAGGAUAACAUAUCGAUUAGUUUCAUAACUUUUUCGUUCGCUUAUUCGGUGGAUUGCGCUCAUAUGUUCGCUGUAAAUUUGCUUUUCUAGGCGGUAAAUGUGCUUGAAGUAAAGAACAAGCUUUA